CAAAGUUAUUUGGUUGGGGCCGUCAGUCAUCCCGUCGAAACCCCAGCGAUGGAAGCUACGCGCGACGAUCGUGAGCGGCGACAAGAACAAGAACAUGGGGAACGACGAGGAGGAGGUGAAGAAGAAGAAGACGACGAGGAGGAGUCUGGAGUUCUGGGUCCGUCGUUUCCGAUGGGGAGGGUGAAGAAGAUCGUGAAGCUGGAUCGAGAGAUCAGCAAGGUGACCUCGGAGGCCCUCCUCCUCAUUUCCCUUUCCGCGGACCUCUUCCUCGCAUCUCUCACUGCCGGUGCACGCAUCGAGGCCCUCAAGAAGAAGCGCCGAAUCAUCAAGCUCGACCACGUCCGCUCCGCCGCCCGCGCCCACCGGCCCACCUCCCAGUUCCUCCUAGACUGCCUCCCCAAGCCUCCUCCGCCGGCUUCGAAACCAGCGUCGGGCGCUUCCAAGGCCAGAUCAGCCGAUGAGAAGCCGCUUCCUCCCGGCGCCCGCCGCAUCGAUGAUUUCCUCCGGUCACCCUCGGCGGUUCCUCGCUGACCUCAAUCGGUGGUACGCUUCGCUGCCCUACUGAUCCGUCAUCCACGUGCUAUCUUUGGUGUUUUAUCUUCCAGACGCUAGGGUACUUGUAGUUCCUUCAUUAUAAUUAUUGAUAUCUUAUAUAUCUGCUUUGAUUUUUGUUGUU